CAAAGAAAAGAGUUUGUGUAGUGUUUGUCCCAUUUAGAUCUGAGAAAGAUGGAGCUCUAUGUAUUUAUGUUCAUGCUUGCUGCACUUGUUUCUUCUGAGAACAAAGUUGUUCAUGAGGAUUUUUAUAUGAAUGGAUGCUCUGAUACAGAGAAAGAAAAUAUGUAUGGAAUGGAUGGAGAGGAACUGUGGCAUGCAGAUUUCAUUAAAGGAGUAGGAGUAAUUACUCAGCCUGACUUUUCAGAUCCCCUCGGCUAUGAUGGAUUUUAUCAGAGUGCUGUUGGUAAUGUAGAAACCUGCAAAGCAAACUUAGCCGUAGCUAUCAAAGCUUAUAAAAAUCCACAAGAGAAAAUGGACAAACCUCAUACUUCCAUCUAUGCUGAGGAUGACGUGGUGCUGGAUGUUGAGAACGUCCUCAUCUGUCAUGUGAGUGGAUUCUUUCCUCCACCUGUCAGAGUCUCAUGGACUAAAAACAAUGAGAUUUUGACAGGGGACAGUCUAAGUCAGUAUCGCCCAAAAGAUGACGGCACUUACAACAUCUUCUCCAGUUUGACGUUCACACCUGAUGAGGGAGACAUUUACAGCUGCACUGUGAACCACGUAGCUCUCGAUCAACCUCAGACCAAAACAUGGGAAGUGGAUGUUGCAGUGCCUGGUGUUGGUCCAGCUGUGUUCUGUGGAGUGGGUCUGUCUCUUGGACUGCUGGGAGUCGCUGCUGGAACUUUCUUCCUGAUUAAAGGAAACAACUGCAACUGACAUCCCAGAUAUGGAAGCAAACUUUAUAAAGAAAGUGUAUAUAGUGUGUAACAGACCCUGCAAAUGAAACCUGUUUCACUUGACACCAGAGGAAUUUAAAACAGUGAUAUGUGCGUUAUUCUGACACUCAUCACACUGGUAACAAUAAACAUCUUAGGUGUUAUAUAUAAACAGAUUCAUUGACACAUAAACUUCAAUGUAAUCUUUAACAACAUUAAUAAUGCCUGAUAUUUUUAUUAAUGCACCAAUGAGGCAACAUCUUUGCUUGAAACACAUACAGAAAAGGCUUAAAAUGGUAGAUUAUCUUUUUGCUAAUACAUCACAUUUUCAGUUCAUCCAGAGGGAUACCUGGAGAAUGGACUUUUUAUUUGAUAUAAACUGUUAGUUAUUCUCUGUUUGAUCUCUCAUAGUCUUCAUUGCUUCAUUGCUGGAUCAAU